UACGGGUAUGGCCGAGGCUACUACCCACUAGUUAAACUUGCCGUGUUCGUAUUCGCGAGCCUAAAUGAUGCCAUGAAGGUAGUGGUAUCAUAUCAGUACUAGUACUUAUCGAUAUCGGCAUCAAUCACGCUACCAUGGCUUGGCUGCCAAGCCUCGGGCGCAGAGUAGUAAGACUCUAAGAUGGGUGAAUACUGUGAGUCGACAGAUCGCGAGCUUGAGAAGCCAGUAGACGGACUCUGACAUUCGAUGUACUUGAGAUUUGAGUCUUGAAGUAAGAACUUGAAAACUUUGGUGAUCGUUUCAUGUCAGGAACCACGGACCAAGAGUUUGGGAGGACAGCAGGUGAUCUGAUAUGGUAGACAACGAGACUGUGAGUUGGUCGCCACAUCCGCGCCAGUUCCAACCAGUCACGGUCAAUAUCCGGAUUCAAGUCGUGUGUAAUCCUGCGAAAGAAGAGGGUAUCAAUCAGUCUCCCUUUUGUGGCAUCUUAUGUUUCGAUAUGAGGAUAAAUACUCAGGGUACCUUAGUGUAUAUCCUCACAUCGCAACAAAUGCGAUGAUCAAGAUAGUCUUGGACCAGAUGGUGUUCUCAGAGAACCCAGCACAGCUGGUUCAACUGAAGUUUGGCCUUGAUUGGCAGAAGCCUCUCAUCCUAACAGAUACAAACAGCGCCUUCAAAGUUCUAUUCCCACCCAGGCGGUCUACAUAUACGGUCAUAUGGCGACAUCACUCGGGAAACACAGGAAAACCCCAAAAGACGGGAAUCCCUUAUCGCACGGGCGAGUCAAUGCCAAGCAAAAUGAACACACAAAAGUUCAAGAUCACUUUCCCAAGUCUACACAUGUGUUUCAAGUUGUAUCUAACCUGCCGUAUCAAAUUGCGCAAUAUCUUACAUCCACGGACCCACAAAAAUAAAAUUCUUGGAUUUCGUACUCGUGCGCAGCGCGCUACAUCUCUGCAAGGAACAUUCGACGCUGUGAAAUUCUGUGCCUCGAGGCCUUGUGGCUAUGUAUUCUCUUCCGGCUUAAACCCACUCGUCCUAGAGGCCAGGCCCCAAUCUACUCAAGGGUUUCCCUUACCUCAUUUUGCACCGCGCCUCCUCCUCCCGGACGAUGCACCUCUCUCCACGUUUGGCAUCACACCUGCAUCAUGGGCAACGUCACGGCUACCCAACAAUCUCCAACAAAUCGGUCAACACAGUGCGGAGAAGCUUCUGAUUGAAGAAGAAGUCCUUCGUGGCGGAUACCAUCUUCGCUCAAGAAUUUUUUUUCCACCUAUCAUCCGUGACCAUGCUGCCGCCGACAUAUGUCAUUUGGUCAAAUUGGAGCUAUCCAGUGCUGCAAUGAUUGUAAUAUUGAUGAUAACACCCCCGUUUGGCCCUUUGAUCUUCAUUCCGGAACAACUCCAAUCCCGUACACUUCCGAGUCCGUCUCUGUCCCUCCAAGCCCCACCCAAAAGGCAGUUCCCGACAGCAUCAUCAAAUAAACCGUUUGAUCGGAAGUUACGAAGUCGAUGUCGAGAUGUAUCCAUGGCCAUCGGCAGGCCAUACUCUCAAAUGAAACGUCUUGCGAGAUGGGCUUACGACGCGAUGGCGGGACGAUCAACGAUCUUCGCGACCACCUACAUCGAUGUACUGGUAUUAAUCAUCGAGCGUCUUCUAGCCGAAGAACCUCAUUUGGAUGGACUGGACUCUCGGGCUUGGUAUGGGUACUUGGUACCUGGUACUUGGCCUUCGAUAACCCGCUCUGGAAGACCGGAACAUCCUUCUCCACCUUCGUGCAUCGCAAUUACAAUGGGUCUUCUUCCAUUGGUGCCUAAGGUUCGGGCGAAGAUCAGGCUCAAGGAAAUUUUAGCAGCCUGGGUUGUCGGACCCUGUUUUGAUGGCCUCCUCAUUCCACGGGCUCAGGCGAACACACAUGUGCAUCGUCGUCAUACGCUCACCGAAAUACACGGCACCUGA